AUGGCGGUCGCAACUCUACAAAAACUCUCCUCCCGAAUCUCCUGCAACCCUUCGCUCUCUCUCUAUUCCAGAGCAAUCAUCACAAGAUCGUCAGCCUCAUCAUCGACGCCAUCCCCAUCUACCUCCAGAAAAGUCUCGGACCGAAUCGUGAAACUCUUCGCAAUCGAUCUUGACGGCAAGAAACGCGAGAUCGUGGGCCUCUCUGGCCAGACACUCCUCAAAGCCCUAGCUAACAACGGAUUGAUCGAUCCGGCGUCGCAUAGGCUCGAAGAGAUCGAUGCUUGCUCGGCCGAGUGCGAGGUCAAUAUAGCUCAGGAGUGGCUCGAAAGAUUGCCUCCGGCUUCGUACGAUGAGCAGUAUGUGCUGAAAAGGAACUCGAGGAAUAGGGUUUUGAAUAAGCACUCGAGGUUGGGGUGUCAGGUUGUGCUCACCCAGGAGCUUCAGGGAAUGAUUGUGGCCUUGCCGGAGCCGAAGCCCUGGGACAUACCAUAAUAAAGGCACUCUACCUAUGGUGCAGCACUCUUUUUCGGCAGAGUGAUUUUAUACGAGAGGCCAUUUUAUCCAGGAAUGUUUGUGGCCUUAGUUUUGUUCUUUUGGUGUUUUCAUCUCAUUUUGAAGCGACUGCAGCAAACUUAACGUGAUAAAUCACAGUUGUGAUUGAGUAGCCUGUUAGAGGAUGCUGGAUAAUGCAAUUCCCUCAUGCUGACCCUACACAUUGCCUCAUGUCUUGUUCUUCUCAUGUUCAUUAUCUCAAGUACUGUGCGUGCAUGUAAGAACCAUGUAGAUUAAGGUUACAAUUUACAAAGAAAAUAGUUAAUUUUUUGUUAUAAAAGAAGGCCUAGACACCUGGUACUCUUGUAUGUUGUUUGGAAGAAAUGUAUCCAUAUCAGUGGCUGGAGGUUGAUGACUAAAGUAGUUCAACAGUGAGGCAUAGUUUCAACUGUUUUCCGUGCUUGUGUUUGUUUUGUUUUUUUUAAAGUUGUUUGAACUGGUG